AUGCCGCAUUUCGUUUAUGAUAAUACGGGGCCCGUAGAGUGUCCAGCAGCUGUAGAUUACACCAAGGUGAAAGGGAAGACAGUUAUUAUCACCGGGGUAGGUAGCAAUGGACUUGGCGAAGCGUACGUGAAUGCUUUCGCAGACAAUGGGUUAGUGUCAUAUCUUAGCUUUUGUUGUCAACGGCGACCUGCUCCCGCCAGAGACGCCUUACGUUCAGUCCAAGUAGGUACAUGGUCUAGACAACUAGUGUGCAGCAGAGUCAGUAUUGACUUUCGACUCAGCGUCCUGUUCGUGAAAUGCGAUGCUUCGUCCUGGGAAGAUCAGGUGGCAUUGUUCGAGAUAGCGAAGGCCCGAUCACCUCAAGGAGGAAUCGAUAUUGUGAUUGCAAACGCCGGGAUCUUCAAAGAAGACCUCUUUUUCGUGGGGCUCGAUUCCCCUGCUCCAACGAAACCCAACCUCAAAAUGAUGGAUGUCAACAUUUAUGGGGUCUUCUACACUGCGAAGCUUGCGGCGCAUUACUUCAGCCAGCAGCUCGUAGAGCGGUACGACCGAUGCCUCAUCCUGAUUGGUAGUGUCAUGAGUUAUCUCGACACUUAUGGUGCGGUUGGCUACGGUCUCUCGAAACAUGCUGUGCGAGGAUUGAUGGGGGUUCUACGAAGACGCGGGCUAAUGAGAGUCAAUAUGCUGGCGCCUUGGUACACACACUCGAAAGUAAACACACCUGAGUUCAACAAGGUACUUGAGGGCUUGUUUGCUUCUCAAGGACUCUCCUUCGCUAGAGUGGAGGACGCGGUCAAGGCUGUCAUGAGAAUAGCGACGGAUCCGACACUUAACGGCCACGCCCUCAGUAACGUUCCUACGGUUGUGGCUCCUUCUGGGUAUGUCGACCUCGGUAUGGACGAUUUUCAGGAGGGCACUCUGUUAGAUCGAUUCCAGAAAAGUGUCGCAGAGAUCAAAUAUGGCCACAUGGUCUCUCCACAAGGUCAAAAAUAG